UGUCAUUUUCUAUCAAAUAUCAUGUUACUUGUCAAACAGAUGCUAGAAAUUAAUUUUAUGAACCCAAGAUUUCUUCAGUAGAUUUAUGUUGUUAAUCUUUUUGCUGGUUUGUUUAUUCAAGACAUAUGAAGCACAAUAUAGAGAUGAGAGAUGUAAAUGUAUAUUUCCAUGCCCACCUCCUCCAAACUCUACUCUCAGUCCCAAAAACUUUAGACAAAUUUAUAUAGGCAAUAUACCAGCUAGUAAAUGUAAUUGUAUUGAUGUCAGAUCAAUUGUCAUCUUUUACAAAGAAAUUCAACAUUGUUCAAAGUGUGAAUGUAAAUAUCAAUAUAGAAACACAUUUACUAUUAAAGUUGUAGUUAUAUUUAUUAUAUCAUUGCUCUCUUCUCUCUUCCUAUAUAUGCUCUUUUUAUUAUGUCUUGAUCCAAUGAUAAACAAACCUAGUCCAGAUUUCUAUACAGAAUAUCACAAUGAAGGCGAUGACUCUACUGCAAUUAUUAAUUAUAGAAGUGGUGGCAUCUCACAUUCUAUGGGAAUUUAUGAUAAUGUGUUUUGUAGAGUGGGCCUGCACAAGGAUAAAUGGAAGGGUCAGGUUCAAGAACAAAGAAAGAAUGUUUUUGAUAAGCAUACAAUGUUAAAUUAAAUUUUAUUACACAUCUUAUGUUAUAUAUAUAUAUUAUUUAUAUAGACUUAAUGUUAAUACAAGUGAAUUGUUCAUUUAUUAAAUAAAAAUGA